CAUUGGUUAAAUUGUGCAACAGGAGUGUGAGAUCAUGUGAUCAAAGGCAAAGUACAAAAUGAUGCUUUUGUCAAGAUUGCUGUCAAGAGUUAAGAGAGGUCAAGGGAACUGCACAAGGAUUUCACCCCACUCUUUCCAGUAUCCACAGAAGAAGAAAACUAAAUAGCCUUCUAGACUGUCGUUUAAUUGUCACCUCAGCUUAUGCUGGCUUCCGCCCCCGGCCGUAUGUGGAAAGUUCUGCCAGCAUCCUGCGGAUGGUCCUGGAUUUACACCUGGCUUUGCCUGUUUUCCUCCAACCAUUAUGCUGGCCGACAUUGUAUAAGUAAAAUAUUCUUCAGUUUGGCGUAAAACACAAAUCAAAUAAAUAAGUAAAUAAUUUUCAACAAAGUUUAAUUAUAAUCUUAUAUCACAAUGAAAUAAAAGGUUGUAUCAAUAUGUAAGCCCAGUGGACUUCUUAAUACUUAAUUGGUUACAGUGAUGUACAGGUUGUAAGCUCUAAACAUGAUCAGCUUGAAAGAAAUGGCAAGAAACAUACCUGGCUAUGUGCUUUUGAAAAAUUAACAGAAAAUAAAAGCCACUAAGAAUGUUUCAAAAGGUAUGUUAAGAGCAAAGUGUAUGUAACUCAUUUUUUUUUUAGAAAUUAAGGGUUUAUGAUAAUUCUAUGAAAUAGAUGUUCCACUGUCAUAUUGCAGUAAAAUGCAUAUAUUGUGGUCGCAUAAUGCCACGUGUUUGUUGCAGUUCAUUACCAGUAAGGCCAAGGAGAAUGAAGCAAUGUUGGACGCAGCUUAUACCGAUGAGGAGAAAGCAAACAUUUUGGACUGUUUCAACAAAUGCUCAGAGACAGAACUGAUGUUCACAAAACAAUUGAACAAAGUCAAGGCGUCCGCAGUUGUCAGUUACCGGUCCAAAUAUGGGAACUUUGAUAAUCUAUCAACUGUUUUGAAAGUGCCUGGUAUUGGUAUACUUGGCCUUCAGAAACUGUGCAGCACAUUGAAAGACAAAAACGCUUUAGCUGUACAAAAACUAAAGCAUCUUUCAGCUGUAGAGACCGUGAGGUGCUACCCUAACCUGGCUAAGAGUGAAUGUAAGGCAGUAGAUAGUAUAAUAUCUCUUGAGCUUCAAGCGGAUCGCCUGAGCUGGGUUAAGAUGAACAGAGACUUGGAGGUGGAGCAGUGGAGACAGUCUGUCCUCUUUGAUAAACCAUACCCACGCUUUGAUCAUGUCAUCUAUUUGAACCAGGUACAGGACUUUGUGAGCUCUCUGCCUAGCUGUAGUCUGUACACCCUGGAAAACAAGCAGCUCCGUGUGCCCAGUCUCAAGGUUGUGCCGUUGAUUGUCAACCUAAAGUGUCUAGAGACAAUGCUGAUCACUGUCUUGAAUAAUGACGUGUCUGAUGCAAAAAAACAUCGAGUGCAUCUGAUCAAGCCCACAAUGAUUAGUCGAUACUUUAACUUAUUAGUGGGCGGAGAACGUGUCAGUGGCCAGCAUGUGGUCAGAGACAUUUUACUCGGCCAAUCAGAGAUAGUGACUGAUGUGGUCAUACCGGCUAAACUCAGAGACAGUUAUUUCAGACAUGAGAGCUUUGAGCAGGAGAGACUUAGUAGCUGCCUACUGCAGGCUAUAGCCUUCUUAAAACUCAUAGUGUGUAAAAAUGAUCAAACUGAUUAAUAAUGGCUUUUUAAUAUAGCUAAUGGCAGCACAGAUCUGGUAUUUUUCCAGCAAAAUUAGGAUUUCCAGCCAAAAGAGAAUUCAUGUCCAAAUUAAAGAAUGAUUUGUUUGACUAAUUAUGCUGUGGACCUUAUCAUUUUGCCCGUAAAAUUUCAUGGAAAAAUAAUAUUAAAUAUGACAGAAACUGACCGUACACUGAAUGAUAGAAGCCACCAAACUGCAGCGGCUCUACAAAUGAUGCACAUAAUUAUUAAAGUAAAAGAUAUAAAACUUUGAUAAUGUGGAAGCAGAAGCCUUAGAUUUGCAGUGGAUUCAAAGUUUGUCUGUGGCACAGGUCUAUUAAAUUUCUCCACUUUGUUUAAGAGAUGGCACAA